AUGGAUAAUCGUACAGCGUUAUUAAAAAUAUUCAGCACAUUGAAAGCACUGGCUAUACAAGGUUUGCCUAUAAGAGGAGACAACAAUGAUGAAAGAUCGAACUUCAUGACGUUCCUACAGGCCCGUGCAGAAGAUGUCGUGGAACUGAAAGCUUGGCUCCAAAGAGAUGGUCAUAAAUGGCUACACCAGAGAAGUCAAAAUGAAAUCCUCGAACUAAUGGCCACCACAGUUUCAAUGGAAAUUAUAGAAGACAUAAGAAACGCCGAAUACUGCUCCAUUUUAUUGGAUGAAACCUCGGAUGUAUCCCGAAUCGAGCAAGUAUCUGUUUGUCUGAGAAUUGUUUCCGAAGAUUUUACAGCAAAAGAACACUUUAUUUCAUUUUUUUCGACUUCGGACACAAAGGCCAAAACAUUGUUCGAUCUUGUCGAAGAAAUCUUCCAAAAAUACAACUUGCCAUUGUCAAAAGUCAGGGGUCAGUGUUACGAUGGAGCUUCCAAUGUUUCUGGCAAUAUUUCGGGAUUGCAGACGCGAAUUCUUGAAAAAGAGUCUCGAGCAUUAUGGGUUGUACGAAUAAAAUCUUUAAAAACUGUGACGGACAAUUAUGCUCAACUGAUGCAAUUUUUCCAUGAUCGCAGUGUCGACAAGGAAAUUAACAGUGCAAUGUCAGCCAAGGCAUCAGGAUUCUACGAUUACAUGGAGUCUUUUGAUUGUACGUUUUAUUUGAACAUGUUAAUAGAAAUGUUUGAUCGCAUCGAAAUAUUGAACAAAGACCUGCAAAAGAUGAAUCUUUCCGUCAUCGAAUCAUACGAAAAAGUCGGAGCAGUGACUGACGUUUUAAACGCUUCUCGUGACUCCAAAUUUGAAGAAAUUUGGCAAAAAAGCGUCCAAGCAGCUGAGGAUCUCGAAAUUGACGAACCACGAAUUCCGCGUCAACGAAAAAUUCCGAAACGCCUCGAUACAGAAAAUCCUUCACCUGACCAAGACGACCAAGACUACCAAACAGAAGCCGAAUUGGAAGUGGACGACAUAGAUGACGAAUUAGCAAGCUUCGACCAAGCUAAUUUUUUAGACACAACUCCCUGA